GUAAACUAAACGCAGUAGCAGCUGCGAACGAACAGACAGACUAUAUGGAAUUUCCAGGCAGAAAGAAAGGAACGUAUUUAUUUUUAUUUAUAGAUUUUUGAAUACAUUUGGCUUUAGGGCUGUUGCAUUGAAGUGACAGUGGAUGCACAGAUUGUUUUUUUCCUUGAGGAAAUGCUUUAUGAAUGAAAAGGUUUUUUUUUAAAUUAUUAUUAUUAUUAUUAUUAUUAUUAUUAUUAUUAUUGCUUUGGUGAUGCGGUCGACGUUGCAUGGUGUCACUCGAAAGGAAACUGUUAAGGUGCAGAAUGAAUGAUAGUCAUGUUGAAAUUUAGUAGAAAACGAAUUUGAGCACACAGAACAUAUAAGUUUGGCUGCAGCUGUGAAGCUGAAGAUGGGCCACUGCGUAGCGCGCGUGCUGACUCUGUUUACGCUGGCGGCGCUGGCGAGGAGCGCACAAGGCUGCCCGCGACCGUGCGCAUGCCCACAGCCCGGAGAGGUUCAAUGCACAUUUCGCUCUCUGCUCACGGUGCCCGCUGGCGUGUCCCGACAAGUAGAGCGCAUGAACCUAGGGUUCAACACAAUAAACCGAAUAACAGGCAGCUCUUUCGCUGGUAUGCGAAAGCUAGAACUCCUCAUGAUGCAUGGGAAUAAUAUACAUAACAUUCCUGAUGGAGCAUUUCAUGACCUAAUAUCCCUUCAGAUGAUGAAGAUGAGCUACAACAAGCUGAAGAUCAUUACCAGACGCACAUUUCAAAGUCUCUGGAAUUUAGCCAGGCUGCACCUGGACCAUAACCAUCUGGAGUUCAUACACCCGGAUGCAUUCCAAGGCCUCACCUCUCUCCGUCUGCUUCAGUUGGAAGGCAACCGUCUGCAGCAACUACAUCCAGCCACCUUUGCAACUUUCUCUGUACUUGGCUACUUCCCUAUGUCCACUCUGAAGCACCUGUACCUGUCUGAGAAUGGGCUUACAACACUAUCACAAAUGAUGUUAGCUACUAUGCCUCAACUGGAGAACUUGUACUUGCAUGAGAACCCCUGGACCUGUGACUGCAGGAUGAAAUGGUUCAAAGAGUGGAUCUCAAAUGCACCAGAUGUACUCAAAUGCAAAAAAGAUAGAGCUUUCCCUGGAGGACAAUUGUGCCCUGUGUGUUUCUCGCCUAAACAACUAAAGAAAAAAGACCUUCUGGAGCUAGACAACCCAAAAUGCACCAGUCCGGUCAUUAGUGCCCCUCACAGAUCCUCUGCCCUUGACGCAGAGAGUGAACUCUUGACAUUAAAUGACUUCAGUCAACCUCUUGGGAAUGCUUCGCUUGGCUUGUCAGACGAACAUGGAAAUCAAGUAGAUCUGUAUUGUCAUGUCAAUGAACCAACCAAGUCAACCAGAAUAAACUGGAACAAUGUUAACUCAUUUCAAAUUAACACAAAUGUCACCCUGAUGUUAGAUCUGGAAUGUCCAAUUGACAGAGGCACUUACGAAAAGCUGUGGAGGCUUGUUGCAUAUUAUAGUGAUGUACCUGCACACCUAAAAAGGGAGAUUAUGUUAAGCAAAGACCCUCAUAUUAGCUACAGGUAUCGCCAGGAUGCAGAAGUGGAUGCCGUUUACUUUACUGGCGUGAAAGCCAAUAUUGUGGCAGAACCUGCAUGGAUAAUGCAGUCAGCAUUGAACUUACAGUUAAAUAGACCUCAGUCCACCAGUAAAAGGGUUAGACUCAUUCUCAGCACUCAUCUAUCAGAACUGGUAGAGUUAGAAGAAAAGAGGCAGCAGAGGAGAGAGUGGGUUUUGAUAGAGGCAAGAAACAACACCAAAAUAUCUCAGGUUGUUGUGGUGGGCAACCCAAUUCAGAUGCAAUGCAAUGUGCAAAGCUCAGGGCACCCAUUAAUAAAGUGGAUGCUGCCUGAUGGGUCAAAAGUUGAGGCCCCAUAUCAAAGCAGUGAUAACAGGAUCACAGUGUCUCCAUCUGGUUUAUUGGCUAUAACAGCCACGGAUCACUCAGACUCAGGUGUGUACUACUGUAUAGCAAAAGUGGUGGGUGAUGUAAGUAUACUUUCCUUUCGUCUGACAGUGGAAGACUCUUCUACUCCAGCUCCUGGAAGUGAUAGUGUGGCUGAACCUGUGACGGGAGUCACUGGUGGGCCUGUUUCUCUUCCCUGUGUAACCUUGGGUUCUCCUGAUCCAGAUAUAAAUUGGAUUCUGCCAGACAACACUAUUAUAAACACAUGGUCAAAUUUAUCCAGGAUGUCUGUGGCCUCAAAUGGAACUUUAACCAUUCGCAAUUGCCAGCUUUCAGACAAUGGUUAUUAUAAAUGUGUGGCAGAAACUCAACAUGGUGUGGACUCGUUGGCUACAAAAGUAACUUUGACAAGGCCUUCCAGAGGACAUCCUAUAAGGAAAUAUUCCAGCAGACCUCAGCCUGCAGAAGGAGUCUCAACCAAAAUAAAAGCUCCAAUAAACAAUGAUGUAGAGGCAUCUGGGGACAAUGACAAUGAAGGGCCUGAAGCAAAAGCUUUUGAAAGAGUGGAUAGCUCUUAUAAAAGGAGAAUUCCAAGUGCUCCCGUUCGGGGUGGGCAUCCGACCAGAAAAGUGUGGAGACGUCCUCCCUUGCAGAGAAGACGAAUAAUCCCUACUGGAGCUGACAGGAGUAACCUGACAGAAACAAGGAGAAGAAUCAAUGUGUCAAAAGGCCCAAUAGAUCCAGAACAUUGGGCUAACAUUCUGGCAAAAGUCCGCAGCAGUGGUGAUAAUGCAAAAACAACUACAACUGUAAGUUCUGGUCUGGCUAGCACAAAUAGUUCACAUCAGCUCGACAAUGGCAUCACAAAGCACUUGGGAUUGAUAACAGACAGAAGUACAAGUGGAGCAAUACCACAAAAAGAAUCAUACAUGGCCACAACAUCCAAGACACUGGUGCAAACCACUGAAGUCAGGCUAGAUAUAAAACCACUGGAUCCUGAAGAUCAGCUAAACAUACCCUACCAAAUCGCUGCUCCAGAAGUCAACCAAAAUUCUGAUUUGAUAGAUGUUGCAUAUACCACAAUUGGUCCACAAACUACUACUCAGUCGUUGAUAGAUGUAGAUGUUUCCAAAUGGAGUGAAGUGAGAACUAUUGAAAGCACGAUUCCAUAUGAAACUCUAUUUCAACAAAACCAAAGCCACAUGCUGGGUAGCAAAAAAAAUGAAACAUUUCCCAGGGCUAGAGGUGAUGACGAUGACAAUGCUGGUGAUAAAGAUGACAGCUUUUUGAAAAGGCAUGGGGUUGAGGUUUAUCAAGGAAAGUCUGACAACAGUCCAAUAUCAACCACAUCUAUUGUUUCUGAAGAACAAAACAUGGCAAAGUAUUAUGCUACUCAUUUAUUUACUGACAUUGCAAAAACUGCAUUAGAAGAGAAACAUGACAGUUCACAAAUUACACUGCUUACCACUAUGACACCAAAAUCGCAAUCCACGUUAGAACAUGACAGAGGAACAUCAUACGGUAGGGCCUCGUCCAAUUCAAGACGUAAGAAUAACGGCAGGCGAAGAAAGCUUCAUAGAAAUAGAACAAAACCAAAACAAGCAAAAUCUGCAUACUUCUUAAAUAUCACUCGAAAUCCCACUACUCAAACCAUGGUUUCCGGAAUCACCAAGAUGACUGCAACAUCUGAGCCAAAAAUAGCAACAUCUAUAAUGGCUAUGAGCACUGAGGUCAAAACGGAUACCAGUGUUGCAUUUACUGACAACCAAGGAACAUCGCUUAGUAAAACAAAUUUGUCAAAGGGGAAAGAUUCUUUAUUUGACAUCCAGAAUACCAUAUCCUCUGAUACUUCUGUCAUUGAGAAAGUGUCAGAUGCAGAGCCUACAUCAAUGUCAUAUAUUGAAAUAGAUAGUAUAUCCCUAAAAUCUACAGUGUUGUCAAUGUCUUCAUCACCAUCCUUAGGUUUCAUAGGACAAUCAACCACACACCGAGAAAGUGUUUCUACCGUAUCUCCUAUCAUUCAGACCACUCCAUCUACUGACUAUGAGACAAUUAUAAGCUUCCAUUCCCUGACGGGAAUGCAUUUUGAAGAGGCAGAAAGAGAAAGCACUACAGGACACACCAGCACAAGGAUAAAGUCUGACACUUCCCCUGAGAGUCCUCAAACGCACUCAGAAGCAACACCAGGUGCGGGCAUAGAUAAAGCAGAAAAUCAAUCUCAGUUCUCACUUAAACCUUUCUCUUCAUCUGCUGUGAGAGUCCAGCAUGAAAUCAUUGCUAGCCGUGACUCAGACAUCCCUAGUGGGUCAACAAAAGCAAACAUCUAUGAGGGGGCUCCUGAGAAUUCUCAGGUUACAACAGAGAGGCCCAUAACAUCCCAAAAUGUUAAACAAUCAGGUACGGUCACUACAACAAAAAUAAACACUGCUAACAGAAAACAGGAAACAGUCUCUGGUAGGAAGGCUCAAAUAGCAGAGGAAAAUACUGUAACUCUGAUGGAAGGUCAGCAGUACAGUCACCCUGUCACCACCCUGAAAACAACAACAACAGCAGCAAUAGCUACUACUACCCCAAAACAACCAAUGCCUUCAAAAACACCAAAGGAAUGGAGACCCUCUGUAAUCCUCCCACAUACAUCUUUCCAGAAUAUACCUUCCAUUUGGACACCUGACAAUUCAAAUCAUAUUCCUGACAGACACAGAGAAAGAAUUUUAAACCCUGAACAGAGAAUCAGGUCACAUAACAGAAAAAGGCCAACUGUAUUUCAUUCAACAGGUCUAUCAGAAUUAGAUACAAGUGACAGUGAUUUCAGCACCCAAAAACCAAAACCACAAACCACACUUAAAGUUCCCACAACUGCCCCAGAAGUCCUCGUUCCUCCUCCAAGACAAACCCUUCCUGUGCAGCCAAAUGGUAGUUCUUCCUUUAUCCACUAUCCUACCUCCACCAACAGUGUGCAUCAUUCUCAGCAGAAGCAGAAGCCAUUCAUCUCAUCUAGAAGACAGCCUAAGAUUACCAGCACCAAUAUUAGCACAGUGACAGUACAGGCUGAAUCAAAUGCCUAUCUGCCCUGUGUUACUGUAGGAGAGCCUAGACCCUUCCUCUCCUGGACUAAGAUCUCAACAGGAGCCAGUAUUACCCAGAAUACUAAGAUUCAGCGAUUUGAAGUCCACCCUAAUGGCACCCUCACUAUCCGCAAUGUACUUCCUUUAGACCGGGGGCAGUACCUCUGCAGUGUCCGGAACCAGUAUGGACAAGACAAAUUGGUGGUCACAUUGAUAGUCUUAGCUGAACACCCCAGGGUGUUUCAGCCACGCUAUCAAGACAUAACCAAAAACCUGGGAGACACCAUUGAUUUUGAAUGUCUCUCCCAAGGAAACCCUUAUCCUCGCACUACAUGGGUGCUCCCUAAUAAGGAAAUAGUACAUAUGGACGCUUCCUCCCUUGGUGCACAUGAACAACGAGUUUCAGUUUUAGCCAAUGGUACACUCCGGAUUAAAUCUGCUACAUACACCGAUCAUGGGAUUUAUAAGUGCAUUGCUAGCAAUGCAGCUGGUGCAGACUCUAUAUCUGUUCGUCUCACAGUUGCUGCUUUACCGCCAGUGAUACAACAAAUGAAGAAUGAGAAUAUUACUCUCCCAGAAGGCAGCACAGUCUACCUGAACUGCAGUGCCAGAGGUGUUCCUCCCCCUACAAUAAGCUGGUCUAUGUCCAAUGGUCUGCAGCUUCGUUCUUCAGAAUUUGUUAGUGGCCUCAACCUCUUUGUUUUCAACAAUGGGACCCUGUACAUUCGUGGGUUGGGUGCAGCAAAUGCAGGGAAAUAUGAAUGCAUAGCCACUAAUACACUUGGGAUUUCAUCCAGAGCUGUAAUGUUGACAGUGAACAAAUCUAUUGCAUCAGCCAGAGCCAGAAUUACUUCCUCAUCUCCACAGAAAACAGAUGUAAUCUAUGGUGGAAAGCUGCAACUAGACUGUGUUGCAUCAGGAGAUCCAGAGCCUAGGGUCAUCUGGAGGACGCCAUCCAAAAAACUUGUAGAUGCUCAUUAUAGUUAUGACCCACGAAUCAAGGUGUUUGCCAAUGGUUCACUGUCUAUCCACUCUGUAACUGAGAAAGAUGAAGGUGACUAUCUGUGUGCAGCACAUAACAAAAUGGGAGAUGAUUAUGCACCCCUUAAGGUCAAUAUCUUGACAAAGCCAGCAAAGAUUGAGCAGAAGACACAGUUCAACCAGAAGGUGAUCUACGGUGGUGACCUGAAAGUCGACUGUGUUGCAUCCGGAUUACCAAACCCAAAGGUCCAGUGGGCUCUGCCUGAUGGCACUAUGGUCAACAGCAUUAUGAAAUCUGACAGCAGCAGUGAUAGUCCAAGUAGUAGGUAUGUGGUUUUUGACAAUGGAACCUUAUACUUUAAUGAUGUGGGGAUGCAUGAAGAAGGUGAUUACACAUGCUAUGCUGAGAACCAGAUUGGUAAGGAUGAGAUGAAAGUACAUGUCAAGGUGGUGGCAGAUGUACCUAUGAUCAGAAACAAGACCUUUGAGGUAAUCAGGGUAAUGUAUGGAGAUUCUGCCUCACUGAAGUGUUCUGCCAAAGGAGAGCCUAACCCUCAGAUACUGUGGUUCUCUCCAACAAAUAGAGCAAUUCCUUCUGCCUCAGACAAGUACUUGAUCCAUAAUGAUGGUACACUGGUCAUUCAGAAAGUGCAGCGCUUUGAUGGUGGGAACUACACAUGUCUAGCCAGGAACAGUGCAGGACAAGAUCGUAAAGUAAACAAGCUGGAAAUCCUGGUAUCACCUCCAGCUAUCAAUGGUCUAAGAGGCUUCACAAGCUCUUUGAAAAUAUCUGCUAUGAAGAAUCAAAGGAAAUUGAUCGAUUGUGAUGCUUCUGGUACUCCUGUACCUUAUGUGCUAUGGGUUUUCCCAGAGAAUGUUAUUCUGCCAGCACCAUAUUAUGGAAGCCGAAUGACAGUCCAUCGAAAUGGCAGUCUUGAUAUUCAUUCAUUGAGGGUAACCGACACAGCAAAAUUAAUCUGUAUUGCUCGUAAUGAAGGUGGAGAAGCAAGGCUCAUGGUACAACUUGAUGUGAUGGAUGUUAUAGAAAGACCGAAACUCAAAGGUCCUAAAACAGAGUCUCUCUCUAUAACUGUUGGUAAGACAAUGAUGCUAAAUUGUUCUAUUGAAGGUACUCCAGCACCACAAUUGACCUGGGUUCUACCUAGUGGUUCUCUGCUAAUUAGAGGCUCUCAAAAUAACAAGUCCUUCCACAGGUCUGAUGGGAUUUUGGUAAUUACUAACCCAGCUGUGUCAGAGGCUGGAACGUAUCAAUGUUUGGGCCGCAAUGCUGGUGGACUGGUUGAAAGGACUGUGGUGUUGACUCCUGGGCAGAAGCCAGAGAUUAAUAACAGGUACAACUCACCUGUUAGUGUCAUAAAUGGUGAAAACCUGCAGUUGCACUGUCUGUCUACUAGUGAUCCUGUACGUCUUACAUGGACUUUGCCAAGUGGGGUUGUUCUAAACCGACCUCAACGGGCAGGUCGCUAUGCUGUUCUAUCAAAUGGUACUCUUUCCAUCCAGCAGGCUUCUGUGUACGACAGGGGCUCUUACACCUGCCGUGCCGCAAACGAAUAUGGAAGUUCCUUGCUAACAAUCCCAGUGGCCAUAAUUGCAUACUCACCAAGAAUUUCCAGUGGUCCACCUCCUACCACCUAUGCCAGAAGGGGAGUUGCUGUUCAACUGAAUUGUGUAGCUACUGGUAUCCCCAAGGCAGAAGUGGCAUGGGAGACUCCAGACAGAACAAGGCUAAUUGUCAGCAGUCAGCCACGCCUGUUUGGAAACAAGUAUAUACACCCUCAGGGCUUCCUUAUAAUCCAGAACCCUACACCAAGAGACACAGGUUUCUACAGAUGCACUGCUAGAAAUGUGAUUGGGGUUGACACAAAGGGAACAUACCUUCAUGUGUACUGAGAAGCAAUAAAUUCAGAACAUGUCCAAAAAUCUGAGAGGUUCAGCUAAUCCAUAGAUUUAUUUCUAGCUAUUUUUCAAUGUGAACAUGACUUGCUAUCAUUCUAGGACUUGUUCUACGGUGUUGGACAUCACUUUGCCAUUCAGUUUUUCUAUCCUGUUAGUUAUUGCAAAUAUCUACAGAGUUGUGCUAUCCAAUCAUUCCUAUUAGCCAUUAACUACUAAUCUGAAAAUACAGUGUAUGUUUUUUGACAGUUGUAAAUACUACAACUGUUUUCAUGGAGGUUUUUCUUGCUUUGUUUUUUUACUGUUGCAGACAGGGACAAUUUAUGUCAAACUGUAUAUAUGACUCCUACAUUUUUUAUUUAACCUUGAAAAAUAAUCGGAGGAUAUUACUGACAUUUUCAAUAUGAAACUCAUAUGAAUCAUUCAGGGAUAUUAAAACAGACAGCUAGAUUACCUAAUAUCUUUAAUUCUAAAUAGGUGAAGGAAAACUGUUUAAGGGUUUUUUCUUUUUUCGCACAUCAACCUUUUCUGCUCCCAUAUACUCAAACCUAUAAAGGUAAAUAUAUACUUUUUCUUGGCAUUUUUACAUAUUUGCUAUGACACGUUCACAUUAGACUAACUUUUGAUAAGUGUUCAAACCCUAAUGCUGAAGAACAAUAUGCCCUCAUUUAACUAAAAAAGCUAACUCUUUGUGUAGACUUUGUUGCAGUUAAUGGCUUAGAUGUGUAUCCAAACAAUACAGAACAAAAAUGAGGACAUGGUUGAGAACAUUCCUCACAUAUAAGAAUGUUCUAUAGAGUUUCUUAUUCCGUUUAGAAACAAAAACCUUUUCAGAAGUCAACAUUGACUGAAUUUUGUAGAACUGAUGAAAAGGCACAUGUUCUUUUUUUCCACGAGGUUGCUUUAACUUAUUUGUAUUUUUAAAGAUUUUGUAUUGAGAUUUAAUUUUAUUUUGGAUAUCUGUAAUAAAGACAAUUAAAAACUACUUAAAAGUUAAAGCUGCUGUCAGUCUUAGAUAAUGGUUUCCAAAAUUCUUUGGUAACAGGCACUAAUUAACCAUCAGUAGCAAUAAACAGUGUGUGAUUAAGUACAAUUA